AUGCCUCGGCGAAGUAGCAGCCACCGCAGCUCCUCUCAUGUCCGACCGAUGACAGUCGACUGGCAGUCUCCUGGUCGGGUCGCUUCCGGCGGUAGAGAAUACUACUAUGGCGGCUACAACCCCAACUCCUUCAGGCCCUCGGACGUGUUCAUGGAUGCGAUGCGUCUGAACCAGCGUCAGAGUGACUCGGCUCGCCGAGUUCGACCGAGAGAUGUUACCCGCUGGGCCGAAAACAGCAGCAGGUUCUGGAAAUAG